AUGAGGCGAUUGGUCAUCCUGCUCUCAGGUUCUUGUGGUUUUGAGCAUGACUCCUGCGCUUGGAACAGCACCAUCAGCAGCGACUACAAUUGGAAGCGGCAGAGGGCAAACGUCACCUCGCUGCCUGGGCAGGACCACACAACAGGAAGCCCAUGGGCUUUGAGAACUGCGCAGAGGGUGACAUCCCUGCCGGCCCACAGCAGCUCUCCUGCAAUUUUGAGAAGGACACAUGUUCCUGGUACAAAGACUACACUGCCAGCAUCCUCUGGGAGCGGACAAAAGAAGGAUUUGGACACCACCCCGUGGGCACUGGUUAUUACAUGCUUGUGUCAGCCAAAAGGGGUCUCAACACGUCAUCUACAGCAAGACUCGUUGGCUUUGCUGUGGGUCAAGUCAUCUGUGUCAGCUUCCGCUACCACAUUUAUGGCAGUAGCAUUGUUUAUCAUAGAAGCUGUGGUGGGCGGCGACCAAGGCACCAUUUCCAUAGAUGACAUCGUUGUGUACAGCAGAGAUAACGGCUCCUGUCCUGCAGAGCGUGAGUGCACCUUCCAGGGGUCUCUCUGUGGUAUGCUCCCUACUCUAUCUUCAGACUUCAGCUGGAAACGAACAACAGGGGUGUCCCAGCCUUCUAAUUCCUCCGGUCCAAGCACAGAUCACACUCUGGAAACAGAGCAUGGUUAUUACUUGAGUGCCCAGUUGUGGCGACAACCGCCGGGGUCCAGAAGUCAAAUAGCGACUGCACUGAUGGAGUCCACCCCUCCUCACGGGGAAUGCUUAAUGUUCUGGUUCUACAUGGAAGGAAAAGAUGUGGGUGAAUUCAACAUAUACCUUCAAACCUCUGACACCCUUGUAAAGCUGUGGAGCAGAAUUGGAGAUCAGGGGAACCGCUGGAGGCACGGAAGAGUGUCGCUCUUUAACCCUGAUACUUCAUAUCAGGUGAUAUUUGAAGCAGUGACAGGUGAGGCUACCAGGAGAGAUAUCGCCAUUGAUGACCUGACUGUUCUCAAUGGAGCGUGUCCUCCAGAAGGUUUUUGUGAUUUUGAAAUGGAUUUAUGUGGUUGGGUGAACAACCCUCCAGCAGAGUCGGGUGUAGACUGGGACUGGCUUUCCGGGGGCACUGAUGGCGCUCUUGUCCCAAAUAAAGACCACACCACUAAGUCUUCUCUUGGCCACUUUGUCUUCUACCAGUCACACAGAAGUAAAAUAGCUCAGCUGGAGAGUGAGUUCAUGAACGCUGUGGACGCGGCUUGUCUGGAGUUUUGGCACUUCGCUGAAGGCUGGUUUAUAAACGGACCUUCGGGCGUUACAUUGACGGUAUUUGUCAACGACACCUCUGGACUGCAUCCAGUUUGGAAAACGAAUGGAUAUCUCAAUAACACCUGGAUCCAAUGCAGGGUUGACUACAAUGCAUCAGGGCCUCACCAGAUUAUCCUGCAAGCCAGCAGUCUGCCCUCGGCGGUGUCAAGUUUUUCCAUUGAUGAUAUUCACAUUAUAAGGAACAAGCCUUGUCACAACACUGUCCCCACCACCACCCCGAGUCCCGCCACCACCACCACCACUACUCCAGACUCUGGCCUGCACUGCACAUUUGAACAAGGUCUCUGCGACUGGGUCCAGGAGGUCGAUGACCAUUUUAACUGGACCCUCAUAAGAGGACUUCAAGUGGACAAGCCUUGGGGCGGACCUCUUUAUGAUCACACAAUAGACAAUAACCAAGGUUUUUAUUUACUUCUCAAUGGAUCUGGAUUCAGGGACAAGGAGACGGCAAGCAUCUCUCUUCUUGUCAACAGCGGGACUUCACAAAUCUGUGUUGGAUUCUGGUAUUACAUGAUGGGGCCUUCAGUGUCGGCCAUUGAUCUGCUGGUUGAGACAAAUUUUUCAAAGAUGCUAAUCUGGACACGGAAAGGGACCCAAAAUCCAGAAUGGAUGAACGCCCAAGUCACCAUCGAUGUAGAGGAAGAAAUGAAACGGGUGAUGUUUACUGGCCACAGAAACGACAACAGUGAGGGAUUUAUUGCACUUGAUGACAUCACAGUGAGCACUGGGGCCUGCAGUAAACACAGCCCAGUCUGCGGAUUUGAGUCCAGCUGGUGUGGUUUUGAGAAGGAUGUCAGCCAUGCGGGGCAAUGGGGACGCAAAAGAGGCACAAAAAACAACUUGGAUCACACGUAUGGAACAGAGAAUGGUUACUACCUGACUGUCAUCAGCUCAAAUCCUACACAACUGGAAACUGCUCAGCUGCUGUCACCUGACAUCAUCUCACCUACCGAGAUGUGUGUUCGCUUCUGGUACUGGCUGCCUGCUGGGUCGGCCAACAUGUUAUCUGUGCACGUGCGGAGCGGGCAAGUGGGUGAUGCCCUAUGGCAACGUUCUGGACCACCCUCUUCAGACUGGGAGGUGGCAGAGGUCACGGUGUUCUGGCCAACAAAGUUCAACGUGGUGUUCAGGGCAUUCCAUGAGCCAGGCAUGAAUUCCACGGUACAGAUCGAUGAUUUCUCCAUAAGCAAUGGGGCCUGCUCCCCCUCAGUGAGCUGUGACUUUGACUCUGGACACUGCAACUGGCUCAACAUGCCCACAGAAAAUGGACAUGACUGGGUGCUGGCCAAUGGGGGCUUCCAGGGUCUACCUGUGAACCAAACCACCCCAGAAGGUUGGUUCCUGUUGAGCUUAUCAGAGCAAAGAAGCAUCAGUGUGACUCAGAUGGCAUCCGAAUGGGUCCAUCUCAAAGACUCCCCAGCCUGCCUCACCGUACGGUACUAUAUUGAUAGCAGCAACCAUGGGACCUUGCAUGUCCGCAUUCGCUUCAGCCCAUCGGAGGACGAGCUGAUAUUCCAAAGCAACAGAAGCAGCGAGCACAGCUGGGACAUCUUUUCUCAGACUCUGGAGUGGAGCAAACCUUUCCAGUUGACGAUCCAAGCAGAAAGCAGCCACGGAGGCUUUAUCGCCGUUGAUGAUAUCACCCUCACACCCGCUCCAUGUCAAGCGAAUGGAACAAGUUCUAUUUUUGUGGGCUGCACUUUUGAAAAUGGCACAUGCACCUGGAAGGACGUCAGCGUGGGUCAAAGUCAGUGGGAGAGCAUGGAAGGCAGGGCAGCGACAGAAAACACUGGACCCUCCGUGGACCACACACUGGGCACUGAGCUUGGUUGGUACAUGGCGGUGACCCCUGACAUCGGUGAGCACAUAAGCCCCGCCACUUUGCAGAGUCCUGUCAUGACACAGGCCAGGACUAACUGCACGCUCCACUUCUACUACAACAUGUACGGAGAAGACAUCCAAGAGUUGAGGGUUCUGCUCGAUGAGAGCUCUCGGACCACUGUCCUAUGGUGGCAGUCGGGCGGAGGUAAAGGAAGGUGGCUACGAGGCGAAGUCGAGGUCGGAAGAACCCGCCGGGACUUCAUCAUCCUCUUUGAGGCAACCCGAGCCUUCAGCAAGCUGGGCCACGUUGCCCUCGAUGACGUCGGCUUCACCAGCUGCACGUUGCCAGAGCCUCAACCCAUCUGUCCUGACAACAUGUUCACAUGCAAUAACAGAAUGUGCGUGGAGAAGAAACGAGUGUGCGACUUCACUGAUGACUGCGGCGACUGGAGUGAUGAGAUCAACUGUGAGCUACAAGGCAAGAUUGAGCGUUGCAGCUUUGAACAAGGUCUGUGCUCUUGGGCUCAAAACCAAUUGGACGAACCCGGAGCCAGAUGGAUGCGACAAAGAGGACAAGACGCCUGGCCUGACAGUGGACCUCACCGAGAUCACACCCUAAACAGUGCUGCAGGUCACUACACAACUCCUGGGACUCACCUCACUGAGAGGGGGCAGAUAUCUGAGCUUCUCUCCAGCACAUUGCUUCCCAGCUCAAAUUGCACGAUCACAUUCUACUACUACAGCCUCGGGGACGCUACGGGAAGACUAUCAAUGCAGUACAGGACCCUCCGCUUUGGCGACAACGACACCGUGUUGUGGCUCAGGACGCAGAAGGGAAGCUACAGCUGGCAGAGGGUCGACAUCAGCUUCUCCUUCUCUGAAAUGUGCAAGAUCAUCUUUCGGUAUGAACAAGGUGAUGGUCAAAGAGAACACGUUGCACUGGAUGACGUGUCCUUCUCCCAGGAAUGUGAGUUCGACCCUGCCAACAGCCAACUGCCUGAUAUGACAAGCACAUCAGCACCGACAGCAUCCACCCAAGACCCCACCAUGCCAGGCACCUCUGCAUCCACUCAUACCCCCACCAUGCCAGGCACCUCUGCAUCCACUCAGGACCCCACCAUGCCAGACACCUCUGCAUCCACUCAUACCCCCACCAUGCCAGGCACCUCUGCAUCCACUCAGGACCCCACCAUGCCAGGCACCUCUGCAUCCACUCAGGACCCCACCAUGCCAGGCACCUCUGCAUCCACUCAUACCCCCACCAUGCCAGGCACCUCUGCAUCCACUCAGGACCCCACCAUGCCAGACACCUCUGCUUCCACUGAGGCCCCCACCAUACCAAGCACCUCUGCUUCCACCCAGGCCUCCACCAUGCCAGACACCACCACCCCUGGAACCUCCCCCUCACCAACCAACCCAUGCCAGGAUGAUGAGUUCUUUUGUUGGCGCUCGUCUGGUCAACUGUGCAUUCCGGCUACUUUUAAGUGCAAUUAUCGUGCCGACUGUCCCCAAGGGGAGGACGAGGAUGGCUGUGGUCCAUGCACGUUUGAGAGGGACCAGUGCGGCUGGACAGAUGCAAGCCAAGGGCAGAGGAAGUGGUACAGACAGAAAGCAGAUGGCAACACGCAGCCUCCCAGCGAUCACACCACCCAAUCAGGCUUCUUCAUGAUAACCAACUUCAGUCAGACAUCCCAGCCGAGUGAGGCCAGACUUCAGAGCCCCUUCCUCCCUCCCGCGUCCCCCUUCUGCCAGAUUCAGUUUCACUUCCACAUCAGCUCCGAGUGUGCUGGCUCGCUCCGAGUGCUGACGCAGCAAGAUGAUGGAAGUGAAGCAAUCCUGUGGUCACGCAACCGCCGCACCGUUCACCAUUGGACGCCUGAAUAUCUGCCCUUGUGGACGCACCUGCACCCUCGCAAGGUGUGGUUCAGCAGCUGGAUUGAAGCGUACCGGGGAAACGGCGCCACUGAAGCUUGUGUUGUCGCUGUGGAUGAUGUCUCUUUCCUCAACUGUGAGGACUCUUUCCACCCGCCAGAGCUCUCUGCCUUGGGAUGCACUUUUGAAGACGAUCUGUGUGUUUGGGUGCAAGGGGCCAGUGAUGACCUGGACUGGAUCAGUUGGUCGGGCCCAACUGACACACCAAACACCGGGCCUGUUGGCGACCACACAACUGGAAAAGGAAAAUACCUCUACAUCGAGAGCUCCCCUCCAAGCGCCAAGAGUCAUGUUGCCCAGCUGAAGUCAGCAUUGCUGCCGCCUGCUGGUGAACAAGGGUACUGUUUAACAUUCUGGUACCACAUGUUUGGAGCCACUGUGGGUUCUUUGAGCAUGUUCCUACACACCGCCAUGGACAAAACACUGGUGUGGCAAAAAUCAGGAAACCAAGGGGAUGAGUGGCAGCUAGCACAGAGUCACGUGACCUUGCAGAAGAUCCAUCAAGUGAUUGUGGAGGCCAGCGUGGGAGGAGAGGCGGGUGACAUCGCCAUUGAUGACGUCUCACUUGUUCCCGGUGUAUGCUUUGCCUCUGCAGGCGUGUGCGAUUUUGAAGAAGGGAGCUGUAACUGGCAGCAGGACACCAACGAUGACACCGACUGGAUCCGACAGUCAGGCCCCACCUUGAAUCCCAACACGGGCCCCGACAGCGACCACACCACCAACACGCCCAUGGGCCAUUACUACUACCUGCCCUCCUCUAACCUCGACACUGAUGGCCAGACCGCCGCUAUGUUGUCACCUUUCUACAAACCGAAUGAACGAAAUGGAGGAUGCGUGCAGAUUUGGUACCACAUGUAUGGCAGAGGCAUGGGGACAUUCAACAUUUAUCAGCACAGCCAAGAUGGCAUCAGACAGCUGGUUUUCUCCCAAAGCGGGGACCAGCGGCGGCUGUGGAGGUUGGCACAGGCUUCACUUCUGCCUUCACGUCAGCCAUACCGGCUCAUAGUGGAAGGCGUGAAGGCCGGUCCCACCCGGGAGGGCGACAUGGCUUUUGACGAUGUCCACCUGUUAGACAUGAAUUGCCCCCCUCGCGGCACCUGCGAUUUUGAGAUCAACAUGUGCAGCUGGACCAAUGUUCAGGGAUCAGUGGACCAGGACGACUGGCUCCGAGGCAAUGGAGCCUCCACGAACCCAAUCACGGGACCCAGCGUGGAUCACACCACAAAUACGCCAUACGGUCACUACCUCUACGUGGACAGCUCAGUGGGUCAGUUGCCCGACGCCGCCUUCCUCAUAGGUGAUGUGCUGCAACCAACCACAAGAGGGCACUGUCUUGUAUUCUGGUACUACAUGUUUGGCUCUCACAUUGGGACCCUGCGAGUUUACGUAAAUGACAGAAAAACACACGCCAGUGGUAACGAGGCAGGCUUUGAGAAGUGGGAAGAGAUUGGAAACAAGAGAGAGAAGUGGCUGAAGGCCAGUGUGUUUGUUAAAGCUGACGAGGCAUUCUGGUUUGCGUUUGUGUAUCAGAGGGGUGAGGAUGCAGGUGGCGUCAUUGCCCUGGAUGACAUCAGCAUCCUUCAUGGACCCUGCUACCCUGAACCUACCACAGACCCUGCUGUUGAUGACAACAAUGAUGUGCUGUUUGCCGGCAUCGCAGUGGGUCUGACUCUCUUUGUAGGAGUCAUCAUCAUCGCCUACCUAUUUAGACAGAACAGGAAUCUCUGUGCAAAAAGGCACACAGAUACCACAAGCAACAACAUACUUGAUCAGAACGCCAUGUUUGACCUCUACGACUGCCAAAUUGAUGGCACGCAACAUGGAACCAUAUCCAACAGGUCCAUCAACCUGCAUGAUGCAACCAACACACAAUCAUCCAACGCCUAGCUCAGAAAUCCCUUUAUAUUGAUUUGUAUAGAUGUUUUUAACAUUAUUGGAAACAUAUGGGGAAAAAAGAAAUCCAAAAGCAUGUAUAAUUAAGAUAAUGGAUGUAUUGAUAUACUGUAUGUUCUGCCUUCUUUUUUUGUUGUAAUAUGAAAAUACUGCUAACUGUCAAAGUUCAUGACUGACAGCACAUUGUUAAAUGCCCUUUAAAAAAAUA